CUUGUCCUCAUUUCACCCGACCUACAUUCCAUACUAUGGAUUAAUCUUCCUCCUCGCCGAGUCUCUCUUAGCUCUCCACCAAGGGACCCUUCUACAGCCAUAACAAUGAACCGUAUCCGCAAACAGUUUGCUCCGCAAGUGACGUAUGAGGCAAUCCAGCAGCCUGCGGAGUCGGAUAACGAGGAUAACGAGUCCGAGGCCGGGGAUGCCGCGUCGACGGCGCCGCAGCAGGCCCCUUUCUCCGCGUAUGAGUAUGCGGUGUUCCUCCUCUUGGGGGUCUCUAUGCUAUGGGCAUGGAACAUGUUCCUCGCAGCAGCUCCAUACUUCCACCAUCGCUUUCGGACGGACGACUGGGCAGCGACUCAUUAUCAGCCCUCGAUCCUGACCGUGUCGACGGUCACGAACCUGGGGUCGUCCUUCAUCCUCGCCAAGCUCCAGAAAGGCGCCUCCUACCCCAAGCGGACGGUUGUCUCGCUGCUGAUCAACAUCGUGGUCUUCACCCUCCUAGCCUUCUCGACCAUCUUCAUGAAAGAUGUCUCCGUGGCCACCUACUUCGGCUUCUUGAUGUUCAUGGUCUUCGGAGCCAGCCUCGCCACGGGCAUCAACCAGAAUGGCGUCUAUGCGUACGUUGCCGGCUUCGGACGCGAGGAGUACACGCAGGCCAUCAUGAGCGGUCAGGGCGUGGCCGGCGUACUCCCCUGCAUCGUCCAGAUCAUCUCCGUUCUCUCCGUCGCCGCCAACCGAGGAGGGGGAGGGGGAGGCGAUACCGACAACGAUCAAAACCACCCCGCAGCGCCCCCGCAGGAAUCCUCCAAAUCGGCCUUCGCGUACUUCAUCACAGCAACCGCGGUCUCCUCCCUCGCGCUGAUCGCCUUUACCUCCCUCGUCAAACGCCGCUCCCACGUCCCCAGCCUCAAUAUCACCACCAGCAUCAUCAGCACCACCGAAAACGACGACGACAACACCUCAGACGAUGACCCCACCGACUCCAACCCGAAAACCCAAACCAUCAGCCUGUGGACCCUCUUCCAGCGCCUCCGGCCCACCGCCCUGGCCAUGAUCCUCUGCUUCACCAUCACGAUGACCUUCCCGGUCUUCACCGCGCAGAUCGAAUCCGUGAACCAGCACGGGUCGUCGUCCUCGCGCCUCUUCGACGCCCCCGUCUUCAUCCCGCUGGCCUUCCUCUUCUGGAACGCCGGCGACCUCCUCGGCCGGAUGCUGGUCUUGUGGCCGCCGCUGUCGCUGGUGCGCCGGCCCUGGGGCCCCGCGGCGCUGCUGGGCUUCGCCUGCGCCCGCGCCGCCUUCAUCCCACUCUACCAGCUGUGCAACAUCGGCGGCCGCGGCGCCGUCGUCCCGAGUGAUUUCUUCUAUUUGGUCGUCGUGCAGCUGCUGUUCGGCGUCUCCAAUGGCUACCUCGGCAGUAACUGUAUGAUGGGCGCCGGGCUGGUCCCGCCCGAGGAGCGCGAGCCCGCUGGCGCGUUUAUGGGGUUGAUGCUCGUCGCCGGGCUGACGCUGGGGAGUUUGUUGAGUUUCCUGGCUGCGGGCGGCUGAGUGGGGUUUACUCGUGCUUGUUGGAUUUGGCGUUGUUUUGGUUGUUUUUGAGUAUUUAUGAUAGACUAUGUGUACUACUGUACUUCCGCUUGUUGUAGAUUACGAUGGGAUAUUGUACCUCAUUCAACGGGCUCAGGGUUCGAUGGGGUCGGUAGAGAGGCACGUAUGUGAGUUGACCUACGCGCAACGAGCUGCCGGUCCUACUACAGAUAGCACCCAGUUGACAGCGACAAGUCC